UUGUCUCCUCAUCUAUUUACAUCGAUUUGAUCAUUCUCAUUUUUGUGUGACUAUAAUCCCUUAUUAUACUUCUUCAUUAUUUUCUUAUAUUAUCAUUUUUAUUAUUAUUAUUAUUUAUUAUUAUUACCAUCUUAAAUUUGUUGUUGCUAUAGUUUUGUUCUUGAAACAAUGUCAAUGACAUUGUUCACAAACAUGAACAAAAUUGAGACACUUCUCAGUGCACCAAACAACAACCUUAGUCCAAACCACAAAAGAUGGCACAAUGCAUUCAUGAAAAUCUAUUGUUCUAGAGCUUUUAUGUCAUCAUAUUUCAACAUAAAACCAAAAAUCACAAACACCCCAUUUUUCACAUUGGUUGAUUUGAAUUCACCACACUCUUUUACCAUUGAUCAAUCAACUCUAAUUGAAAUUGUCAAAGAUAAAAACAUUGAAACCCUUCAAAAACAUGGUGGAGUUGAAGGUGUUGCUUCAUCCCUUAAAACCAACAUUGAGUUUGGUAUCAAAAAUGAUGAAAAUUUUGAAGAUGUUUCAAUUAGACAAAAAGUGUUUGGUUCCAACACUUAUACAAAACCACCUUCAAAAAAUUUAUUUCAUUUUAUUGUUGAAGCUUUUAAGGAUAUUACAAUUUUGAUCCUUUUAGUUUGUGCUUCUCUUUCACUUGGCUUUGGUAUUAAAGAACAUGGAAUCAAAGAAGGUUGGUAUGAUGGUGGUAGCAUUUUUCUAGCUGUUUUCAUUGUUAUUUCAAUGUCAUCAAUAAGCAACUUUAGACAAAACAAACAAUUUGAUAAAUUGUCUGAAGUUAGCAAUGAUAUUCAAAUUGAUUUGGUUCGAAAUAAUCGAAGAAAAAAGGUAUCGAUUUUCGAUAUUGUUGUUGGUGACAUUGUUUGUUUGAAGAUUGGUGAUCAAGUACCUGCUGACGGAUUAUUCGUUGAUGGACAUUCAUUGAGAGUCGAUGAAUCGAGCAUGACGGGCGAGAGUGACCAUGUUGAGAUCAAUAGAAAAGACCAUCCUUUUUUGUUAUCCGGGACAAAAGUUGUUGAUGGUUAUGCGAAAAUGCUCGUUACAUCGGUCGGAAUGAACACAACAUGGGGACAAAUGAUGAGUUCUAUAAGCAAUGACAUCGACGAGGAAACGCCUUUACAAGCAAGGCUUAACAAGCUAACAUCAUCCAUUGGAAAGGUUGGUUUAUCUGUCGCGCUUUUGGUCCUUGUUGUUUUGUUUAUUCGAUAUUUCACGGGGAACACGAAGGACGAAAAUGGAGUUAGAAAGUAUAAUGGAAGAAAGACUAGUUUUGAUGAUGUGAUGAAUGCAGUCAUUGGAAUUAUAGCUGAUGCUGUUACUAUUGUUGUUGUUGCAAUCCCUGAGGGUUUGCCCUUAGCUGUUACUUUGACACUUGCUUACUCAAUGAAGAAAAUGAUGGCUGAUCAAGCUAUGGUGAGAAAACUUUCAGCUUGUGAGACUAUGGGAUCAGCUACUACUAUUUGCACCGAUAAAACAGGUACACUCACUUUGAAUCAAAUGAAAGUGACAAAGUUUUGGCUUGGUUUAGAACCAUUGGAAGAGGGUGAGAAUGGAUUUUCGUACUCAAAUAUUGAUCCAUUUGUUCUUCAAUUGAUCAAAGAAGGAGUGGCUCUUAAUACAACGGGAGGCGUUCAAAAAUCUAUAUUAUGUUCUGAUCAUGAUUCAAAGUUUGAGUUUUCUGGAAGUCCAACAGAAAAGGCAAUUCUAUCGUGGGCGGUUUUGGAUUUGAAAAUGGAGAUGGAAAAUUUGAUACAAAGUUGUUCUAUUAUUCAAGUUGAGACUUUCAAUUCAAAGAAGAAAAGAAGUGGAGUUUUGUUUAGAAGAAAUUUUGACAAAAAAGUCAAUGCACAUUGGAAAGGAGCAGCUGAAAUGGUACUAAGAAUGUGUUCAAGAUACUAUGAUGCUUAUGGGAAUGUGAAAGAUAUUGAUAGUGAUAGCAUGUCAAAAUUCGAAAGCGCAAUUCAAGGUAUGGCAGCUAGUAGUCUUCGUUGUAUCGCUUUAGCAUACGUAGAAGUCGCAGAUGAAGAGCUAAGAGGUGUAGGAGACGACAAUAAGAUGGUGGUAAAAGACAAUGGUUUAACAUUGUUAGGACUUGUCGGUAUUAAGGAUCCAUGUCGUCCAGGCGUUAAGACAGCCGUGGAAGCUUGUCAACACGCCGGUGUGAAUGUCAAAAUGAUAACAGGUGACAAUAUUUUCACUGCAAAAGCUAUAGCGUUUGAAUGUGGAAUUCUUAAGUCUAAUCAAGACACGAAUGAUGUAGUAAUCGAAGGUGAGAAAUUUCGCAACUUUACACAUGAAGAAAGAAUGAAAAAGGUUGAAAAAAUUUGUGUGAUGGCAAGAUCUUCUCCUUUUGACAAACUUUUAAUGGUUCAAUGUUUAAAGCAAAAGGGUCAUGUAGUUGCUGUCACAGGUGAUGGAACAAAUGAUGCACCUGCUUUGAAAGAAGCUGAUAUUGGACUUUCAAUGGGAAUUCAAGGUACUGAAGUUGCAAAAGAGAGUUCAGAUAUUGUUAUAUUAGAUGACAAUUUUGCAUCUAUAGUAACAGUUUUAAGAUGGGGAAGAUGUGUUUACAACAACAUUCAAAAAUUCAUUCAAUUUCAAUUAACAGUGAAUGUAGCAGCACUUGUUAUAAAUUUUAUAGCGGCAGUUUCGGCCGGUGAAGUGCCUUUAACGGCAGUUCAACUAUUAUGGGUCAAUUUGAUUAUGGAUACUUUAGGUGCUUUAGCUCUUGCAACUGAAAAUCUCACAAUGGAUUUAAUGGAUAAACCACCAAUUGGUAGAACAAAACCUCUUAUAACUAACAUCAUGUGGAGGAAUCUUGUGUCACAAGCAAUGUACCAAAUAGUUAUUUUGUUGACACUUCAAUUCAAAGGUGAGUCAAUUUUUGGUGUGACAACAAAGGUAAAUGACACAUUGAUUUUCAAUACUUUUGUUCUUUGUCAAAUAUUUAAUGAGUUUAAUGCAAGGAAAUUGGAGAAGAAGAAUGUUUUUGAAGGGAUACAUAAGAGCAAAUUGUUUUUGGGAAUUGUUGGUUUUACAUUAGUGCUUCAAGUUGUGAUGGUUGAGUUUUUGAAGAAGUUUGCUAAUACAGAAAGGUUGAAUUGGAAAGAAUGGGCUAUUUGCAUUGGUUUUGCUGCUGUUUCUUGGCCCAUUGGUUUUGUUGUAAAGUUGAUUCCUGUUUCAGAUAAACCAUUACUUGAUUUUUUUAAUUUUAGGAAGUGAUUAUGAAGACCAAUAAGCCAUAUAGUUAAGGUGGUAUCUUUUGUAAUCUAUGGAAUGUCAUUAAUGUUCUUUUAGAGAUUCUACAUUUGUUAGAAGAAAAUUAUCAUGUAAAUGUAGGAUUAUUUUAUUUGUACUUGUCAUUUGUUUAAUCACAUUUGUUAUAUCGUAAAAUAUUUAAUUUUAAAUAAAACUACUUUUGAUUCAUGGUA